UCAUCGUAUUUUAUGUAAAAUCCAUCCCACAAAUGUUGAAAAAUUGCGCCAUUUAUCCUCUUAGCUUCCACACCACACGACUCCCUUACUUUCGUGAAGUCAACGUUACUCGCUUGUGCUGCUUUUUGAACAUCAAUAUUUGGUGGAGAUGUGACAAAAGCGCCAUAACGGACUGUUUUGUUUAUUGUCGACGUCAGCAGUCACAGAGUCUGGACGGAAUCGAUAAGUGUCAUUUGAUGCCAAAGAAUUUGAAGAUGAAAGAUCAAUUGUAGAAAAACAAAUAUGGAGGGUAUAUUACACAAGUGGACUAACUACUGGAAUGGCUGGCAGCCGCGCUGGUUCAUCCUCGAGGACGGCGUGCUCUCCUACUACCAGUCGCGCGAGGACGUCUCCAAGGGCUGCAAGGGCUCCAUCAAGGUGUCGGUGAGCGACAUCAGCGUCCACCCGACCGACGCCACGCGGCUCGACCUGACCAUCCCGUACGAGCAGCACUACUACUUGCGGGCCGGCUCGCCGGCCGAGAGACAGCAAUGGCUCAUCGCGCUGGGCUGCGCCAAACAGGCGGCCGGACCGACCCGCGCCGGCCGGGACGCGCCAGCAGAGGGCGCCACCGACUCUGUGCGCACCAAGCAGUCGGAGCUGCGGCUCUACUGCGACCUGCUGAUGCAGCAGGCACACCAGGUGAAGACUGCCGCCGGACACGCGGACGGACCCCAGCUGGAGGAGCUGGAGGAGGCCACCUCACUGCUGGGCCCCACGUGUGACACCUUUAUCCGCACCCUGGACGAGUGUAUGGCGCUGGUAGCUCGGGCCUCGGCCGGCUCACCGCCGCCUCACGCUCCCGACCGCUCCGUACCGCUGCACGCCGUCCAUCAGGGCAAGCGGGAGAAGCGGAUGUCGACCUCUUCCAACGACUACUCGCGCACCAACUCGGGCGGCAGCUAGUCGACCAGCAGGAGCGGUAGCUGGCCGACCUCCGUCCCCGCCGUCCGAAGGCCCGGUCUAACCCUGGCGGGCGGGACUCCACGCCAUAACACCGCUCAAACCGGCAGAGUACCAUUACCAGCGGCGGCGCGGAGUACAGGUAACCUAGGGAUGCACUCUUUAUCGGGUGGGCUGCUGCCGUACAUAACGUGAUCUAAAUGAAGACGGGACGCCGCCGCGGCGAACGCUUUAAUCUCAUGACUGUAGUGGCGUUCGGAGCUGGUGGAUCUCGACAGGAACGUCAUAACUCGCGUCACAGUACGUGCCUGCGUCAUACAGUGACGUCAGAUAGUGACGUGUCUGAUGGUGAUGUGUGACGCCUGAAGAGCGCUGAGGGCGUAUGGCGUACCGUGCGCAGCGGUACGAAGAGUAUAUAGUGCAUGUGAUGCGCGUCUCUGACCAAAUAUCUACUGGGGCGCCGGGAAGGGAGAUGCGUCGAGUCGCCAGGCUACGGGCUUUCAGCGGGCUGGGGCGGCCGUGUUGGGGGGGGGGGGGGGGGAGGAAGGGAUGUAACCCCGGGUGCCAUUUGCAGUCCACACAGUGUGCAAUGGGUGAAUUCUCGGUUCGCCGGGCUGCGGCAGUGUGCGGCCGACGGCACCGCCGCGUGGUUUUGUUCACUAUUGGUGUUAAGUUUAUCGGGCGACGUUAGUGGAUAUUUUAUAUAUGGUGAGCUUGUCAUGCUAUAUGUGCGUUGUAUUCUGUGAUGGGAUUAAAUAUUCCAGUUGACAUA